UGCGGCGCCUUGCCAAACACCUCAAAUCAUUCCCCUACGGCCCUAUCUACCAUCUACGACCCGCCUCCUCGUUAGAGCCAAUCGGCAUACACGAUCUCGUCGCCAUAAAUCAAGGAGCGCCGAGCUCUCGGCGCCGAAGCUAAACCGAAGUGCGUGCCCCAACUACGCGCGUCAGGCAAGAAGCCAUAGGAGGAUUGCAACAGAUUCGCAGGUGAGAAAGUGGAGGGAGGUCAAAACACAACCGCAUAUGACAGAGAGAACAGCAUAUCAAAGUAGAAGACGAAGGAUGAAUCAGGAGAAGAAAACUACGGUGAAGAGAAUGAGUGGGAUGAGGCAUAAGCACAGAAAGUCGCUCACGGGUGUCGCAGGGUCAAUGGCUUAUGGGCAUCAUUCCGUUAGACCACCUCGGCUGUAAGCUUGCUUUUGCUUGCACACUACACAUCCAAGCCGCGCGGACGGAUUCACACAGUCCUCGGACGUCGCCAUGUAACCCAGGGAGAGUGGAUAAACUCACUCUGAAAACAGGCUGGUUACACCGCCAAGUCGGUCGUGGCAGAAAGCCGGAUUUCGUCAUCCAUUGAAGGUGCUGCGAAAAGAGUAAAGACGAGGUCGGUUUUCUAUUCGAUCGCGGGUUGAUGCCGGAGGGUCGACGAGCACGAUCCGUUAAGAGGGGGUGGCAGAUUUCAGACAGCCGUAACGCCCGAUCCCGAGGGUUUGAACGAGAUAGUUUCCUAUUUCCUAAACAGAAUAGGUCUAAUAAGUCUCCGACUUGUAAAAGGAAUCAUUUAUACCGGCAGGCUGCUGGAAGGGCUUGAUCUCUUC